UUGGCAACAUUGAGUUUUGUCAAUCAACCAUUUUGAAGUAUCAUUCCCGAGAUUGGACUGUUGUUUCGUUUUCGUUAAAUAUCUAAAACUUUAGAGAAAAAUGGGAUUAGCCACUGUUAUUGAAAACGAGGCGCAUUUCCAAUCGGAAAUGGCCAACGCAGGCACCAAAUUAGUGGUCGUGGAUUUCACAGCUACUUGGUGCCCGCCGUGUCAGAGGAUUGCUCCGUUCUUUGAACAGCUGCCUGCCAAGUUUCCUAGGGCUGUGUUCUUGAAGGUGGACGUGGAUAGAUGCGCGGAGACUGCUGGUGCUCAGGGCAUUAGCGCGAUGCCCACAUUCAUUUUCUAUAGAAACAGAACAAGAAUUGAUCGGUUACAAGGUGCUGACUCUGCCACAUUAGAAAAUAAAGUUAGACAGUAUUACGGUACUGAAACUGAAGAGGCUGGUGAUGAAGACAAUUCUGUUGCUGGGCAUAUGGAUUUGGUGACAUUUAUAACAAAGAAUGAGUGUGAGUGUCUGAAUGAGGCUGAUGAUCAUCCUUUGGCUCAUGCUCUGACUGCAGGAAGGGGAUAUCUGGCGAGCGACUGUGAUGCGCAGCUCAUUAUUAACGUCUCAUUCAAUCAAGUGGUGAAACUGCACUCAUUGAAGAUCAAAGCCCCAGCUGAUAAGGGGCCUAAGUUCGUAAAACUCUUCAUCAACCAGCCGAGGACACUGGACUUUGAACAGGCUUCGAGGAAUGUCUCAGUGCAGGAUGUGGAGUUUACUCCAAGUGAUCUGGAGGGCAAACCAGUUCCACUCAAGUUUGUGAAGUUCCAAACAGUUCAGAAUAUUCAGUUAUUCAUAUCGGACAAUCAGGGAAGCGGUGAUGUCACACAGAUCGACCAUCUGGCGUUCUACGGCUCCCCUAUUUCAACAACAAAUAUGGGAGAGUUCAAACGUGUUGCUGGUAAAAAGGGGGAAAGCCAUUAAUUCCACUCAAUAUAGGUAGUUCAGUUUUGUAAAUAUGUGUAUUCAGACAAAAAUGUAAUCAGUGAAACUGUGUGAAUGGUAAUGCUUCUACCAAAUGCCAAAAUGUAUGGACUGAUUUUAAUGAGCUUGUAUACAUUUUGGUAUGACUUUAUAAUAUCCAUCAUAUUUUAUAACUUGCAAUGCCAUAAAUGAUUGGAUUAUUAGACGCAAUAUAUACAUAAUCCUAUUUAAUUUUAGUAAAAUAAUACAAUUUUUAAUAUUUAUUAAAAUGCAAAUCUGAACUAUCUAAAUAUUUUUUACAAGACAUCGUAAGUUGUAGAGCAUUUCUCAAACUGUGUCAAAUAGUAAAUGUGAAUUAUUCUAAUAUAUUAUCACAUAUUUAUAAAAUAUGUAUGCAUAACUUUGUGAUUAUUUUGUUUUAAGCGUAAGGUCAUUCCAUGGGCCACAGUUUGUUAAAUGAAAUUCUCAUGAUGUAUGGAAUUUGUAUAUUCAAUAAAACAAUAUACAUGACAAA